GUAAAGGAUUCAAUAGUGGGUAGGUGGUGGACAUGGACAGGGAGCGAGUUCCAUUGUUUCGCUUCACAAGAACCAAAAGUCCUGUGACGAUAUGUUGUUGAUGUUCUGAUGACAAGAACGACCUGUCGGUGUGCUGUGGAGUAUAAGCCAGUCGAAGGAAUUUUCUAAGGAAUCGGAACUUUCCAAACUGAUUAAUAUGUGGAACUUUGUUUUUGUUACUUUGUGUUUAUGGGUUAUGUAAAUGUGUCGUCACUAACUUCCUUCAAGAAAACAGGCCUAAGCUUCUCUAGAGUCUAGUAUCCAUGACAUGUUUCUAGAUGACGCAAGAUUUUUAACUGUUAUUUAAAAGACGUUUUUUCAGAAUCCAACAUUCCUGUUCCUUCUUGCGUAAACAAGGUUACUUCAUUGUUAGGUCUUCCAUAUGGCCUUGCCCUGACUUACUCGUUUGAAUGUUAGCAGUAAAACAGAGGUCAGGUGCAAACAACUUUCCCCAACUGUAGAUGUUGAGAGAGAAGCUUAAACUAAAGAGUCAACUAAAAAGCUAAUAAUCGUUUUACCAGUUGGUUGGCUUGCUUGAACUUAUUCCUCUUCUGCUUAUUAUUGUUGUUGAUGCUGAUGGAUGAUGCUGAUGAUGAUGCUGCUGAUGCUGAUGCUGAGGAGGAGGAGGACGACGAUGACGACGACAUCCAAAAAAAAGAAUCCAGACUGUGUUUUUAAACUGUCGAAACUGCUAUCCUUUGAAUAUAAUCCACAAAUAUCCACUCUAUCAGAUAUAAAUACUUAUUUACUUUCUUACUCCUUAAAAUGUAGAUAAGAAAGGGAAAAUUGUUUGGAAAUUUAGGUUUGGUCAAAGUCAUUUCAAUAAGGAGAAUUUAACACACACUCUCUCUCUCUCUCUCCCAUAUCCCAGUGUUAGCUUCGAUUAAAUAUAGUGUCGUUUCAUCUUACAUAGGAUUUUACAGGAACAGAUAUAACAAGGAAGUUAAUUAAAGUCUACGAAUAGUCUAGUAGGUCUGUGCCAAACAUAUACACAGCUAUGGCUGUGAGCAGAGCUGUGUUAGUUUACUUGUGCAUACUGCUUAAAUACGUUUCGACAUUUCUUAUUCUUGAUUGUGGAUGGUCCAACGUGUCUACGGUCGAAGGAAAGGCAGCUCAGCUAAGAUGCACCGGUAUAAAUGCAGCUGAAGCGGUAGAAUGGCGGCACAUCAUCCCAGGUGGAACAGCCAACGAAAUCAUUGUUUCCACAUGCCAGGAUCAAAACGUGUGCACGGACAACAGCCCCAGCAGGUACCGAGCCACUCGCCCCGCCAGCAACACCUCGGUGUUGACCAUCGUCAGCGUCUCACGGGACGACACCGCCAGGUGGACCUGUCAGGCCGGAGGCGACCAAGACACCUGUUCUAUGCCUGUUACCAUCUACCCUGCUGAUGUGACGGAAAAUUGCACGGUGACUGUAAAAGAGGAGAGUGUUGAGGUGUCAUGCACCAUCUACAAAGCUUAUCCAUCGCCUACCUGUACCUGGUCUGAAUAUUUCUACCCUGCAGACAGACUCAGUUUGCUGAACGACACAUAUAUGGAACCUCCAAAAACCUUUAUUGAAAACGGAAAUUUGUACUACAACACUUCCUGUCGGGUGUUCAGAAACGUCACCAAGCAGGUGGGAACUUUUAAUUACACCGUCGUUAUCUACCCCGGGGCUGUGGUGCGGUCCUCGGUCGUGGCAGUGGGGUCAGGAUCACGGUCGUCUGCUAUACAGACCACACCAUCUUCUGCUACAACCUCUGAAGCUACUACACCAUCAACUACAAAAUCAGAGGACACCACCAGCGAGGUACCGUCAGCUCCAGCAGCUGCAUCCGUUGCCGUGUCGGCGCUCGUACCUCAUGGAGUCAUUGGCAUCGGGGUUGGAGCAGUGGUUCUUGUUGCUAUAGUAAUCGCAGUUACCUGCAUUAUUUACAAACGGCGGUUGAAAAGGAUUCAGAGAAACGGUUUGUCUGUUGGUUACAAUCAAGACAGUGGACAAAGUGAGGGACCAAAAGACAUUAUUCAAAAUGCUACCCACAUUGAGUCGUUGGAUGAUGGCAGACCGACGACAAACUCAGCCCGCUUUGUAAACACCGAAGGCGUCUAUGAUGAGAUCCUGGAGCCUGACACAGAUUUCCAUCAAUAUACAUCUCUUUCGCGGCCAGAUUCUCUGCCGACAUCAGCAGCUGUUGACGAAGACGACCAAUAUUUAACACCUGUAAACGCCUGUGUUACCUUUGGAGACGGUUAUGUGUGUAUGACAAAUCCCACAACAGAGGACAGAGAACCAUCUACUCUUCCUUCACCUCCAGCACUAGACUAUAUGUUAGACAAUGACAAUGGCUACUUGCUUCCUGCACUCAGACUCUAGAAAUGCUCCCAUUAUAUCGAAAAAUGCAAUUUUCCUAUAUCCAUGGUGAUGGAGGAAUUAUCUCACCUAUAACUCCAACGGAAGGCUUCAGUCUCGCUCAGACAGUGAGACUUGUUGGUAUAAAGAGAAGUCCACAAACCAGUGUCACGACACCGCCGGUGCCUCUCGUUUUUCGCUCUCUCCAACUCACCAGCGGGUCGGACAAUUGCGCGUUCUUUCGUUCCAAUUGAAGAAUGAUUCGCCUGUACGAGUCUGUCUGUUUACUGAUC